UUCCUGUGUGCAACACGUAAAAUGAGCCGUGUUUAUAUACCGUGUCAGUGUCGCUGCUUGGAUGUCGAGACUCGAGAUAUUUUGUAUAAUAUUUUGUAUUCUUUAGGAGUAUUUGGAUUAACCUUCAAUUCAGGGAGAAGAUUAUCAUAACACAAGAAAUAAAGAAAACAGAUAAAGAUAAAGAAAACAAGGUGAGGUUGAUCGUAGUCUAUUAUUAAUACAACAAAUAUUCCUGGCAGUUCUUGCAUGCUGCUGUGUCAGUGGUAUGCCUGGAGUUAACUGGGACGACGUCGCAGGUUUGGAAGAAGUUAAGAAGGAACUGAGGGAGGCUGUCAAUCAGCAUCUCACAGGUGGAAGAACUCAGCCAAGGUCUGUUCUCCUCUAUGGUGCUCCGGGCACCGGAAAAACCCUCUUAGUCCAAGCCAUAGCAGGAGAGGUGGACAGCUUGCAGUUCUACAGAGUGUCCUCGUCAGACCUGGUGUCCAAAUGGUUGGGCCAAAACAACGAGCGGGUGAGGGAGGUGUUUGUAAUGGCGCGCACUCAUCAGCCCUCCAUCGUCUGUUUGGAUGACGUGGAGGGUUUCUGUGGAGCGGAGGGAGAGGCAGCGAGGGAGUCUGCACGCAUGGAGCUCCUCAUGCAGAUGCAGGGUGCUUUAGAGGAUAACGCUGAACUUUUAGUGCUUGGUGCAACAGCUGUGCCCUGGAGACUUGACUAUGAAGUUAGAAGAAGCUUUGAGCGAUGCGUGUGUAUCCCCAUGCCUGACGAGCACAGCCGAGCACUGAUAUUUAAGCAGCAACUUGGGCGUGUGCUUAACAGCCUGACUGAAGUGGACUUCACCGGCCUGGCUCUGAGGGCUGAUGGCUUCACGGGGGCCGACAUCGCCUGCGUGGCUCGAGACGCCCUCAUGCAGCCUGUUAGGAAAGUGCAGAGGGCCACCCACUUCAGAAGGGUAAGAGGGCAGAGGUACAAUCAAGUCAUUGAGGAGGAUGACCUUUUAGCCCCUUGUUGUCCAGGAGAUACAGGUGCCAUGGAGAUGACCUGGAUGGAAGUGGGAGAAGAGUUAGCAGAGCCCGUCAUAAGCAUAGAGGAUGUAUUGAAGUCCCUUGAAGACACAAAGCCUUCUGUGGACCAGAGGUAUCACGAGGAGAUACAGAAGUUUACUGAGGAGAUGCAGAUGUCUCCUGAGGUUUCGUCCAGCAAGACUGAGAUCACUAAGUGAAAUGCUGGAAAGUAUUUGUAAAGCACAUGAUAGGAAGUGGGAAUUAUCUGUCCCCUUUAAGUUACACUACAGAUCAAAGAGACCAACAUGGCUUUAACAGAGAACAGACCAAAGAGACUAACGUGGUUUUAAUACUGAACAGAUCAAAGAGUCUAACGUGGUUUUGAAUACUGAACAAUGGCUACCACUGGAACAUAAACUGAUAUGAGACUCAUCAUGAGACUUGGCAUUCAUCAAUCAGUCAACCAAUCAAUUAAUGAAUCAGUUGAUUAAUUGAUGUAUUUGUUUAUCAGUGUCUGCUCCACUGGAAGCAGGAGCAGACAUUCAUAAAA